UUUCCAUCCCGGGGCGAUGACGUAGAUGCGGACAGUCAACAGACGCACGCACGCACCGUCGGUCCGCACCGGAGCUACACCGGGGCCAAGGUUUCUCUCUUUCUCCCGCUGAAUGUGCAUUUUGGCGAUCUGUUUAACGUCGUUUACACGAGGCGGCCGGAAUACAGUGUUUACACGCAGCAGAUGAGACUGUUUGUGGCGGUUUUUUUUGCAUAGGAGCGCGCUCCGGAGUGUGACGCCUGUUUUUAUUUGUGUUCACUGCGACACGGAGAGUGACAGAGCAGGACUACUCCUGUUAACAUCUUAAACACACGACUGGAGCCUUAAACAUGCUGUUUCACCUCAGUUCGUUGGCUUAAAGAGUCAGUUUUAGCACUUUAGUCGUCUCCCUGUAGGAGGACAGGCCGAUGGAGGAAGCCUCAUCAUCACCAUCAUAAUCUUCAUCAUCAUCUCACGCCUGGUUAUUAUAAUCUAAUGUUUCAGAUUUAAAAACAUCUGUCAGUGCUUAACUCAUUCUUAAAAACGAUAAGAGGAAAGCAACAGUGUUAAUGUUGGGCAGGGACCUCAAGUGCUCAAUGUUGUCAACAUGAUGUGAGAUAUUCUCUUUUAAAGCGGAUUAAACUAAUUCAGAUUGACUUUGAAUGAUGGUGUAGGUGUAUAGGACUUUGUUAGGACUGCUAAAGAAAACAAUCAAGACAGGAUAGAGUGAAAUGCCUUAUGCAAUCCUUUAAAACAAUACCAGCGAUCGAAUGAAUGAAAUGUAUAAAUGAGAGAAAGAUAAGGACCAUCAUUUAUAGACAGCUAUGAUGUGAGGUUUUAGUAUGCAAUGCACUUAUUAAGGAGAUACUGAACUGGGUUUGAGAGGAUUGGAUUGUUUUGAAGGUGUUGAGGGAACUUCUGUUGGUUUUAACGGACAGUGGAGUGUGCUCCAGCUCUUUGGAAAUGAGAAAAUGAAUUGCGAGGAACAGGUUGUAGAUUUGUGCAAUGCUAUAGAUUUGUGCAAUGUGCCUGACAGCACUAUAUCACCCCCCACGGACGAGAUCCUUCCCCGUGACGGCCUCCUGCUGUCGGAUGGAGACCAGGGCCAACGGGACGCUGACGUCCUGAGCAGGUUAAAAGAUGUCCAUCCCAAGGAUGAGGAUCCCAUGGAGCUCAAAGCACCGCAGAGUAAAAGCAACGGCUCCAUAGCUGUGUCAGCUGACCCAGUUAACGUUUCUGCUGGAGAUCUACAACAGAAUAUUAGCACGUUUGAGGAUCCACCGGUGAGCAGGUGCUCUGUUGGAGAUGAUGGUGAUUAUGGUGAGAUGGAUAUCGGUGUUGAUUUAAGUUUGGAUGAAAAUGGCGUUUUGGAGUUCGAGCCAACGGCUCAGACUCAAUAUGAGGAAAGUGCCUCUCAUUGUGAGAACUCCUUAACACCAGAAACUGUCAGAGAACUGAAUCCACAGCAACCUUUGGAAGAACAUCCUGAAGCUGUGGCUUCAGAAACUGUCUCAGCGACUGAGCCUCAAGACAAUGGAUCUGGGAGUAAGCAUGGGUCCAAAAAGGUGACCUUUCCGUCAGACGGAGACAUCAUCUCGGGUGCAGUUGAGCCGAAGGACCCUUGGAGACACGCCCAGAAUGUGACGGUGGAGGAGAUUCUCAAUGCCUACAGACAAGCAUGCCAGAAGCUCAACUGCAAACCAAUCCCUAAAGUGCUCAAACAGAUCCAGGACUUAAAAGACCUGACACAGCGAAACGAGUGCCUAGAUCUCAAAGGAGAGAAGCUGGACUAUAAAUCAUGUGAAUCUCUGGAGGAGAUCUUUAAGAGGGUGCAGUUUAAAGUGGUGGAUCUGGAACAGACAAACUUAGACGAGGAUGGAGCGUCUGCUUUGUUCGAUAUGAUCGAGUACUAUGAAUCCGCCACUCAUCUCAACAUCUCCAGCAACAAGCACAUCGGCACACGCGGCUGGCAGGCCGCCGCUCACAUGAUGAGGAAGACGAGCUCUCUGCAGUACCUGGACGCCCGUAACUCCCCGCUGCUGGAUCAUUCGGCUCCGUUCGUGGCCAGAGCGCUGCGGAUCAGCGGCAGUCUGACCGUCCUGCACCUGGAGAACACCUGCCUCUCCGGACGACCGCUCAUGCUGCUCGCCACAGCCCUAAAGAUGAACAUGAAUGUCAGAGAGCUGUAUUUGGCCGAAAACAAGCUGAACGGUCUGCAGGAUUCGGCUCAGUUGGGGAAUCUGCUGAAGUUUAACUACAACAUCCAGAAUCUGGACCUGAGACACAAUCAAAUACUGGACUCAGGGUUGGCGUAUAUAUGUGAGGGUCUGAAGGAGCAGAGGAAGGGUUUGGUGACUCUGGUGCUCUGGAACAACCAGCUCACACACAGUGGCAUGGGAUACCUGGCCGCCGCUUUGCCGUUCACUCAGAGCUUGGAAACACUGAACCUCGGUCAUAACGCAGUGGGGAACGAAGGAGUGCACAAACUAAAAGACGGACUCAUAGCAAACCGCUCCAUCCUCAGGCUGGGUCUGGUCUCCACCAAAGUCACCUGUGAAGGAGCGGUGGCUAUCGCUGAGUUCAUCGCUGAGAGUCCGAGGAUCCUCCGGCUGGACAUGCGUGAGAAUGAGAUCAAGACCGGAGGCCUCAUGGCUCUCUCGCUCGCCUUUAAAGUCAACACAUCGCUGCUCCGACUCGACCUGGACCGAGAGCCCAAGAAAGAGACGCUGAAGUGCUUCAUUGAGACACAACGCGCCCUGCUGUCAGACAUUCAGAACGGCUGCAAGAGGAACUUCAUCCUGGCCAAAGAGAAGGAGGAGACGGAGCAGAAGAUGAGGCAGUCAAUCUCAAUAGCCGAAAUCGCCAUGGAGGACCAGACUCAAGAGGAUGAAGAUGCAUCUGCUGAGAAAAGCGAAGAAGAAAACUCUGCCAAUCAGAGAGACGCAACCAAUGAUGGCAGUGCAUCUGAGAGCCAAGAGGACAACGGUCAAAAACCGUCACUGCAAGACGACUCUGACUCGGAUACAGAGGAUGAGGAUGCAGCCGAGGAGCCGAAAGCUUCUGCGAACACCACAUCUCCCAUAGAGAUUCCUGGAAUAAACGCCUGUAAGGCCGUGCCCUCGAUAUCUCCUCUACCGGGAUCUCCAGUGACCGAAGCUAGCACUGUCCCCAAACCCCCAUCGUCUCCUAGCCGCUGCUUUUCAGUGUCUAGUCCCGGCAGAGGACACAAAAUCUUUAUGGUAACCCGUGUGGAAAGCCCUCCAGAGCAGCAACAGAUGACUGUAUUGGCACAAGGCGUAAGCGAGGGGGCAGCAGAGAGCCAAACAUGCACACAAACUAAUAUAAAAGCACCUUUAGAUGCACCUUCACAAGUGCACGAGCAGAACCCAACAGCAUCUGAGCUCAGCGCGUUAACAUCAGAAACAUCACCUGCACCUGUAGAACCGCUCAACACAUCCAUGUCUUCACUCGCGGAGAAGCAGGAGAAGCUGAAGGAGUCUCAAACUUCAAAAAGCCAGGAUCAGACUCAGUUAAAGCAACAGUUGACUGUAAAUACAAACACACAAAAAACACAAGAGACGCUAAAUGUGGGCGAGAAGAACCAGACGUUCUGUUCCCACACCGAGUCUAGUCCCAUCCAAACAGGACAAUCCCAGGAUGAGACGCUAAGCCAAUGUCCAGAACAGCUGCAGGAAGUUCGUCCAGUUGGUAACGGAGAGAAACCAGUGCAAUCUAGUGAGCAGCAACAGGUGGAGGUCACAGCAGGUCACGAAGCCCUCGGUGAGGAGGAAGCGGGAUCUCCUGACGAAGGUCAUCCCACUAGGAGCACAGGAGCAGUGCUGCCCAACGGACUGAAGACAGAAUUUGCCUUUCACCUGCUCGAACCCAAGGGACCCAAGCCAGCCAGCUGUAUCAUGGAGCAUGUGAGCGUGACAGCAGAGCUGAGCUGCGGGCAGGAUUUAGAGGAGCUUCUCCUUGAAGCCAGUCUGGACACCAGCAGAGAUGCACCGUAAUGCUGUAACCAAGGAUCCACACGCGCAGGGAGAAUCAGACGGGCCGGUUUGUUCUCGCCACAUGCCAUCCGCUUAUAUUCCUCGGGUCUUUUCCGCACAUUUUCCAAGUGUUGCAAAAGAACACAGAGGACUCUAACCAGUGUCCAGCUUUUAUUGAAAUUAGAAGAAAUCUCUUCUGCGAUUUAAACGUUUGCCGUGAAGUUAUACGUUCACCGUUACCAAAGACGCACACGCAGAGAAACACACACACACACUUGCUAACCGGUGACUUUCUUCUGUUCAUCCCUGUUAUGCUGUUGACUGUGGCGCGUCGCCCCCUGGUGGACUGGAGGUUAUAAUGCAGUACAGAGACUCGCUGGCUGGAACACGAUAAUCGUCAAGCAGACGGACGUUACUGCGAGUCUCUGUGUGCGUUUUUCGUUAUCAGUGUCUCAAUAACACACAAAAAAGACUUGCACCAAAGCGAAAUCUGCUUUCCGUUCAUUCCUGCUGCACAGGAAUUUAGUCGAAACCCAUUUCACCAGGUUCGCUUCAUCAGCCGGCACUUCUGAAAGCAUCUGAUACGUGUGAAUGUGUGGAACAAUCUGAAUGAUUCGGAGAUCUACGUUUCUCGACGAAUGAAUGAAUUGUACAAUUUUCACUCUCUCUAAACACUCAUUCUGUCUUCCUUCGGUAAAACCCUGUGUGUCACCAUACGUUCCCAUAUGAAGACACGAAGGACACGUUUACCUUUUUUCAGCUCUUUAUUCUGGCUGCUUUGCUGAAUCAGUUUGUAUUUAUUUCAAACAACCCGAGUCUGCUGUGUGAUUUUUUUUUUUUUUUGUGUUUUUUCUUUUCCUCAUGUUCCCCAUCUUUUUUUAAGCUAUUGUUGUGGGAUUUCCCCCCUUUGGUGUAUAUUUUCAGAUCUAUAAAGAGAAAAUAUUAAGUUUAAGGUUUUCCUAUUUUGAUUGGUGGGGGUUUGGGAAAGGGGCGGGGCACUGUGUAUUUCUAUCAAGCUCUGGAAGAGUAUAUUAUGUAAAUCAGUUGUGUGUUUGAGAGUGAAGUAGUGCCGGAGCACAAGACUUCAUGAAGAAAACACUACUGCCGCUGGAGACACUAGAGACUACACUUUACCUCGAGAGACGCUGCCAUCGUCAGACUAAUGUGUGAUUCUAGGACAAACGAGAAAUCGAGGCUUGAGCCGAUCAGUGUAGUACUUCCCACCAUUCAUCUGUGGUUGUGCUUUUCAGUUUCUCUCUCUUUUAACGUCUGGUUGAUGUCGACUCAGACGUCUGUCUGCCAGGGUUCAGAGAAGCUUUGCCUCUACGUCCAGAUUGUCUUUGACCUUGAAAUCAUCAUUUCUGUGCUGCCCACCAAUCCGGUGUUUUCGUUAUGCUUUAUUUUUAGUCAUUUUUAAAAUUACCUGUUAAAUUAAUCCAACUGUACUGGUAAAAACAAAGAGAUGUGUAUGGCUUUUCCCUCUCAAAUAAAUGCAUGUAAUGACAAAA